CGCCUUGGAGAGCGAUCGAAAAGUUAUCAAAAACUUCUACGCCAGCAAGUUCUUGUUUCCGUAUAAAAGAAGGUGGCCAAAACCAGUCUGGAUUUUAUACAAUUCAUCCAACUUCAUCACCGUCGUUUUUUAAGGUGUUCUGUGACAUGGAAUCAGCGGGAGGUGGAUGGACCUUGGUGGCCAGUGUUCAUAGAAAUGAGAGUGGUGUAAAAUAUAAAUAUACGGGGGAAUCAAUCGGAACACGCGAUGGAUAUGGUCUUUGGGAAAAUUACCUUGCUUUUGGAACACCUGAAAAUGCACACAAGAAAGAUUUUAAAAGCCCGGCGUACUUUUAUCUUCAGUCUUCCGAUGUCAUGAUCUGGCACGUUGAGAACCAUGAAGAAAUAACUAAUGCAUCGCAGAAAGCUUUUCUGAAGUAUUACACGACAACAGGAUUUCUUAGAGACUAUGGUGGCACUCUCCAGUCGUUAUACAGCCAGCACUACCCGUUGGCGCAAAGAAAUCUGGGGCCAAGUUUGAAAAAUUCAUUAACAAAAAUGAUAGAAGCAUUAAAUAGUUCUGGUGAAGAUAUCAGGUCCUCGGUAUUCCAGUUUUAUAAAUAUACAUACGACUUCGGCGGAAGUGUACAGAACUAUAUCGGCGAUGGCGGAUCGGACAUGUUUGAUGGUGGAAAUAAAAUAUUUUAUCGAAUCGGAGAUGACCCAGAAGUACAAGUAACCUAUAAUGAAAUGUACAGAAACGAGAGUCACGGAAUAGAACUUCUGUCUUCUACCUCUCAUCCAUUCAAUCUGUUAAUGUGGGUGGAAAAUACGGAUCGUUCAGUCAGUUCGUUUUCACUUAAAGCGGUUUCAGAUGCUGGAGCUGACGGUAGAGGUUCAUACUCUACUUAUGAUGGAACAACAGCAAUAGAAGACAUUAUGCUCAAAUUUUUUGCCUUCAAUGUAUAUGGUACAAGCGACCCAUCCAUUUCUACAGUGUUCUACUAUGUUUACAACCGCAAUAUUUCGGGAUCCAUAGCGUCAGCUGAAUUCAAGAAAUCGCUAUGGACCAAUGGAACCAAUACCUUACAGCAUGAAGUGACAGUUACAGGCAGUCCAAAAUUAUUUCUAUUAGGCUACACGCUUUUAUCAAGCCAAAAUGGACAAAAAAUACCAAAGUCGAAUAUAACAUCUGUUCUGAGUAAAAUACUGCUACAUGUUAAACCAGAAUUCACAUGCGACGGUUUCCCAGGUUCUCUUUUGCAGCCGAUUUCAUAUCUACGUGGAAGUAAAAACAGUGUGUUCAACGCGAUACCAGACAAUGAUAAAAUGCAAACCAAACCAGAGUUUCUCCAAUUCAGAGUAUAUAACAUAUUUGGAAUACCUAGCGCGCUUUGUUAUGGAAUUAGGACCGAAUCAUGUUGGCCUCACAAUGUCUGCAUUGGGGGACCAAACGUGGUCAAAAAUGAAGAUGGUUCACAUACAAUUUAUACUGGUUGGGGAGGAGAUAAUUCCACCCAGGUUGAAUCUACUGACACUGUUCUCAUCUUCACAAGAUAGAAAAUUACACGAUAAAAACGUGACUAUUCAAUACUUCGUUGACACGUUUACUAUUUGUAUUAUAUCAUUUGAAAAAUCAUACUGGACGCAGUCCUUAGUUUAAAAUAAACAACUCCUAAUUCGUUACAAGCGAUUUUGAAUCAGCCUGUUUGAAUAACAGGCGAGUUAAGCUGAUUACCGUUAUUUUUUAGUUAAAAACUUCAAAUUUAACUCUACAAAAUGAGACUUAUGUUAACUUAAGUUAAGUAACUAUGUUGAUAUAUUUUUUUUUAACCCUAUGCAUUUUUAUAUUAUAUGUAUCUACUUGUACGUGUUUUACAUCUUUAUAUUUGUUCAUUAUUUCACAAUGUCAUACUAAAACACUGAACAGAUUUUUGACUGCGGUAAGCAAUUCCCGUGGAAUUUAUUUCCAAAAAUUUCAAAGAGAAUCUUCCAGACGCGCACAUAAUUCAGGAUCAAUUUUAAUCACAAAAUGAAAAUAAAAAUUAAGCUUUAAUUUGCUAUUUGUGUGCCCAUGCUUGUGUGUUCUGAGCAGCAUUGCCAUCACACCAGUGCCGCAACUUGAAACCAAAUUUACUUUACGUUUUAUUUAAACUUUACUAUAUGUUUAGUUAUAUUUUUGUUGCCUUACACACACUUAAUUCUAUUUCAUUAGCCAUUUCAAAAGUACGUAUAUAUCGUUUCAUGACUUUGAUUUGAAUUGUUUGUGUCCAUAUCUUAAUAAAAACAUUUAAAUAGAGUAUCUGAUGGCCAAGUAUGAUCGAGUUGAUAUACGCGUUAGCAAUCCAUACACAGAUGUGUGCCAUCGAGGGGAUUUUCCUUUGCAAAAAAUGGAGGCCAGUCAAGUCACUAGGUAUUUUCUCGUUUUCAGUAUAUAUUGUUUUAUGACUUGGAUUGGAAUUGUA